GCAACAAAUAUUACAGAAACAAAACAAACGCCGCUCAUGUCAUUAAGGAUUUGUUUCAUUGCAGUGAAUCUAACGCUCUUGAGGAGUGUUAGCUCGGUGGUCGGAAAUAAUUUCAUUCGCACAAUGUCAACUGAAGGGCUGGUGACCUGUGACUACGAGGUCUUCGGGAGGGUGCAAGGUGUCUUUUUCCGGAAGUACACCGCCAAUCAAGCGAAAUCCCUCGGCUUAAAUGGAUGGGUUAUGAACACUGAUGCUGGUACAGUAAAGGGACAACUGGAAGGGCCAGAGGAUAAAGUUAACGAGAUGAAGAAGUGGCUGGAAUUCACAGGGAGUCCAAGCUCAAGGAUAGAUAGAGCUGUGUUUACCCCAACAACUCCAGUAAACAAGGCUAAAUUUACAUCGUUUGCUAUCAAGCGAUAGAUCUCCUAAUAUAGUAUUAUGAUAUGUGUUUUGAUUCGAUUGUAACUAUUUAUGAAUGAAUGAACCAAGAAUUAAAUAAAUUUUCCCAAGAUUGA